AUGAAGAGUUCCGUGCGCUCUUUAAACAGGUGAUCUAAACAGAUGAUUUGAAUGAGUCGUAAUGUCAACGAGGGUUUGAUAAAAAUCCUGGAUGUGUCGGCAGUCUUCACGUCUUUUGGAGAAAGUUCAACAUCAGAAUGAAUAGGUUUCUCAGAUAGUGGAUGAACACUUGAGUGUUUGUGACGUGGUAAUUAUGACAUCACACCCUCCUCCAUUGUCAUUGGACCAUCAGUUCAGAAUGAUUUGGACUUUUGGUUGGAGCAGCUGUCACUCAGCCACAUGGCCACACAUUCUAUGGAUGCUGUGGGUGUGGCUAAACCCAUGUAUCUUUGCUCACCAACACUCACACCCACAUUCCAUCAAAAUUUCUGGGGACAUCACCUUGGGGGGCCUUUUUCCAGUCCAUGCCAGGGGCCCCGCAGGGGUCGCGUGUGGAGAAAUAAAAAAGGAGAAAGGAAUCCACCGUUUGGAGGCUAUGCUGUAUGCCCUUGACCAGAUUAACAGUGACCCAGAACUGCUACCCAACAUCACUCUUGGGGCCCGGAUUCUUGACACGUGUUCCAGGGACACUUACGCUCUGGAGCAGUCUCUGACUUUUGUCCAGGCUCUCAUUCAGAAAGACACAUCCGACAUCCGCUGCUCUAAUGGGGAACAGCCAAUAAUACGCAAGCCUGAGCGUGUGGUGGGCGUGAUCGGGGCGUCGGGCAGUUCGGUGUCCAUCAUGGUCGCCAAUGUGCUGCGAUUGUUUGAGAUCCCUCAGAUCAGUUAUGCUUCCACAGCGCCUGAGUUAAGCGACAACAACCGAUAUGACUUCUUUUCACGGGUGGUACCACCAGACUCCUACCAGGCCCAAGCUAUGGUGGACAUUGUCAAGGCGAUGGGCUGGAACUAUGUGUCCACUUUAGCAUCAGAGGGGAAUUAUGGGGAAAGCGGAGUAGAUGCUUUCGUUCAGAUCUCUCGAGAGGCAGGCGGUCUGUGCAUCGCACAGUCUUUGAAGAUCCCACGAGAGCCCAAACCAGGAGAGUUUGACAAGAUCAUUAAGAGAUUAAUGGAGACCCCUAACGCCCGAGGGGUUAUCAUCUUCGCCCACGAGGAUGACAUCAAGCAGGUUCUGGAGGCUGCAAGGAUUUCCAAUCUGACUGGUCACUUCAAGUUUGUUGGAUCAGACAGCUGGGGUGCCAAAAGCUCUCCAAUCUUGGACCAGGAAGACGUGGCUGAGGGUGCCGUCACCAUCCUACCCAAAAGAGCAUCUAUUGAAGGGUUUGACCAGUACUUCACCACUCGAUCCCUGGAGAACAACCGUAGAAAUAUCUGGUUCGCUGAAUUCUGGGAGGACGACUUUAGGUGCAAACUGACACGUCCAGGUAUCAAAAUCGAUCCGGAAAAGAAGAAGUGCACAGGAGAAGAACGGAUCAUUCGCGAUUCCUAUUAUGAGCAGGAGGGAAAGGUGCAGUUUGUAAUUGAUGCAGUUUAUGCCAUGGCUCACGCGUUGCACAACAUGCAUCAGGAUCUUUGCCCAGGAAUCACAGGCAUGUGUGAAAAGAUGGACCCGGUGGAGGGACGCUUGCUGCUUAACUACAUCCGCUCCGUCAACUUCAAUGGUAGCGCUGGCACUGCGGUUCUGUUUAAUGAAAAUGGUGACGCUCCUGGUCGCUAUGACAUCUUUCAGUACCAGAUGACCAACACCACCAGUCCAGGAUACAGAGUCAUUGGCCAGUGGACCAAUAACCUACGACUCAACGUGGAAGAGAUGCAGUGGACCGGUGGCUCCCGCGUGAUUCCAGAUUCCGUGUGCAGCUUUCCGUGCCACUCGGGCGAGAGAAAGAAGAUGGUGAAGGGUGUUCCGUGCUGUUGGCACUGUGAGCUCUGUGACGGGUAUCAGUUUCAAGCCGAUGAGUUCAACUGUGAGAUGUGCCCUUUCAACAUGCGGCCAACACCCAACCGCACGGCCUGCCGACCCACUCCCAUCAUCAAACUGGAGUGGCAUUCGCCCUGGGCCAUUAUCCCUCUGUUCCUAGCCAUUCUGGGCAUCCUGGCCACCCUGUCCAUAAUCAUCACCUUCAUCCGCUUCAACGAUACGCCCAUAGUGAGAGCUGCAGGACGUGAGCUUAGCUACGUACUCCUAACGGGUAUCUUCCUUAUCUACCUCAUCACCUUCCUCAUGAUCGCAGAGCCGGGAACGGUGGUGUGUGCGUUUCGAAGGAUGUUGCUCGGUUUGGGAAUGAGCAUUACGUACUCCGCCAUGCUCACCAAGACCAAUCGCAUUUACCGCAUCUUCGAGCAAGGCAAGAAGUCCGUCACACCGCCGAAAUUUAUCAGCCCCACUUCGCAACUUGCAAUUACCUUCGUACUAAUCUCAGUACAGGUGGUGGGUGUGUUUGUCUGGUUUGGCGUGAUGCCGCCACACACCAUUGUGGACUAUGAAGAAUUGCGGCCACCAAAUCCAGAUCUGGCGCGUGGAAUCCUGAAGUGUGACAUGUCUGAUUUGUCACUCAUUUGUUGUUUGAGCUACAGUAUCCUGUUGAUGGUCACGUGCACAGUCUACGCUGUCAAGAGCCGCGGCGUACCCGAGACCUUCAACGAAGCUAAACCAAUCGGCUUCACCAUGUAUACCACAUGCAUCGUCUGGCUGGCAUUCGUGCCUAUUUUCUUUGGCACAGCACAGUCCACAGAGAAGAUGUUUAUUCAGACGACUACGCUGACUGUGUCAAUGAGUCUGAGUGCUUCCGUGUCUCUAGGAAUGCUCUACAUACCGAAAGUCUACGUCAUUAUCUUCCACCCGGAGCAGAAUGUACAGAAACGCAAGCGCAGCUUCAAGGCUGCGGUGCAAGCUGCAACCAUGUCCACACGCCUCUCGCAGAAAUCCAUCAAUGAAAAACAGAAUGGAGAGACUAAGAUUGAGCCAGACAGGACGCAGUAGCAGAUGACACUUGGAGCAGCUGUGUUGAACUCAAAUCACAG